AUGUCCGUCCGGGAACAGCAGCGCCACAUUAUUGAGGCGCGUCUACAGCAGCAGUCGGCCAAGGGGGAUGGACCCUCGGACAAGGACAAGGAGCCUUCGUCUCAAUUUGCGGCCAAGACGCCCGGGAUGUCGCGCAGGAACAAGGCACCUCCUGGCCUUUCCAUUGUUGCUCCGUCCCACGAGCAGUUCGCGAACGAGCGGGUGAUUCAGUCUGCACCUCUCGGCCAUAGCUUCACUGGCCGUCAGCACCCAGCUCCCAUGUCUCGGCACAUCGCCAACCAGCCCUCAAACCUCUCGAGCACUUCACACAUCCAUCACGUCCCAGCAAACCAGACCAACAACAGGCUACCGCCUCUUAGCGACGUCUUUGGUCAGAGCGUUUCCGCCCACCCAGACAAUGCCCCUCAGUCGCUUUAUCCCGGCAAUCCAAGGGCACCCCUGACUUCCCCCGGCAACCCUCAGCAACAUCAGCAGAUGCCGACCUCUGGACGACCGCGCGAGUUCAAGUCUGCCGAGGAGGCACAGCACGAGCUAGCUGGCGGGCGGCCUGAGCUGUUGCCCAAGAUCGUACACUAUGGUGGACACCAGCCUCCGACGCCCCCGUCGCCCGUUACAGGCAACAGGCAGGCCGACGGCAGCCGCAGCGCCAGCAAAAGACGGACACGAGCAGAGUAUGAGGACGGCGGCAGCCCCCCUCUCGGAUACGGUCCCGCCCCUACACGACGCGGGCCAUUCGGCGAGGGGCGUGACAGUCCCGAGACCCAGCGGCAAAAGAAGGACGAAUUUCUCCGCCUCUGCUCGAGGGCGUGGGACUUGUUUCACACUUGA